AGAGAACAAAUUGAACACUUUUAACUUUUGGGCUGUGGCUAUGUAUAAAGUCUGACUGAAUUGAAAUAUACUUUUCAGAAGAAGACAUGAUGAAAUACAUUGUUUUCUGUGGUUUACUGGGAUUCGCAUUUGGUUGCAAUAGUACAGGAAAUGGAAAUGUUGCCUUCACAGCCCUGGUGUCCAAAGACAUAACAGUAGCUUCUAUGGCUGUUGUAAAGUAUGAUCACGUGUUGACAAAUUUGGGAGGAGCCUAUCAACCGAAAACUGGGGUUUUCACCGUCCCCUAUAACGGCAUCUACACCAUCUCCUGUAGCUUACUGAGUCAUCCAGCUAACUACGUUCAUCUAGAUAUCAUGAAAAACAAAGCUGUAUUGUCUACGUUGUUUGCUGCAGCCAAAACUCACCCACACUCCGGUCAGACAUUGCAGCUGGUAUUAAAGAAAGGUGACAAAAUAUGGGUUAGGAACGCUAACAACAAACCAAGAAUGCUCCAUGACCGUAAAGUGUAUAAUAUGUUUUCUGGUGUUCUAAUCCAAGAGUGUUUUGACGAUCAAUAAAACAAAACUAUGAGAGAAAAAGCAUUUUGAAUUUGUCCUUUUCUUGUUGUUUAAUGAUACAUCUGAUUAUACAUUGGAGUAAUUGAGUACAUGUAACUAUCUCGAUGUGAUCUUUCUAAAAUUGUUAUUACAAUCCAACAUAUUCAUAUGUAACAUAAGAUGACAAAUAAGUUGAUGGUACAUGAGUUUCAAAUAAAGUUUCCGUGUUU